UAAGAGAUGAGGCGGUAGGGUGGGGACAUACUGCUCACAGUUUGAAACAUCAUCCGCAAAAUGAGCAAAAAUAAAAAUCAAGGAUACUAGCUUUGACACAACUUUUUCUUAUUGCCUUACAAUGGUAACUCUCUCAGUAGGCAGGCUGGGCCCUGACAGGCUUAUCGAUAUCCUUAUUCAUUAAAACCGAGUGUUUAUAAAUCUCAGUUUAUUUUACAGCUCUACCAAGCAAUGGAAGACCUAGCUGAACAGCUUGCCACAUCUUUUUGUGUGACCAAAUCUGAGAAUACCACCGCUGUAUGUCAUCCAAGACUUGCACAAUAUAAGAGCAAGGAAGAUCGCUCUGGGCUGCAAGAGGAGCGUCGCAAGAGAAGACUCAAUAAUCAAAAACAGAAGAGGUUGGAUUAUGCCAAUUAUGCCCGAAGGUUAGCUGAAAAUGAUUGGGACGGAGAAGACGACAAUGAUAAUGGACAGGAUGAAGAAGAGAAGAUGGAUACAUUGCAGGGCAGGAAACGUCUGCCAAAUCGUUAUGCAAAUCAGCUAAUGCUCUCUGAAUGGUUAGUAGACAUACCUUCCGACUUCGAACAGGAGUGGCUAAUGGUUUUUUGUCCAGUGGGAAAAAGAAAUCUUGUAGUAGCCUCAAGGGGCUCAACUGCAUCAUACACCAAGAGCGGUUAUUGUAUAAAAAGAUUUCACUCGCACCUUCCAGGAGGAAAUAAAGCAACAAGGCGAACAUUAUCUGAUUACACUAUACUGGAUUGUGUCUAUGAUGAAGUAACCCGUACCUACUACAUCUUAGAUGUGAUGUGCUGGGGCGGCCAUCCUGUCUAUGAUUGUGACACAGAGUUCCGUUUCUACUGGUUGCAGUGUAAAAUUCAAGAACUGCCUGAGGUUACCCAGCAGUCCAAGCUCAAUCCUGUGAAAUUUGUAGCCCUGUCAAGUUUUGCAUGUGUGAAGUCUACAUUGCAAGAGGUUCUAGUAGGACCAAUUCCAUUACAGGCCAAGCUUGAUGGAUUACUAUUUUAUCACAAAAAGACACACUACACAUUUGGCUGCACUCCUCUUGUAGGAUGGCUGAAGGCAUGGAUGGUACCAGAAAUACUUGGUGUACCCGUGCCGCAAUCCAUAAUGAAUUCUAGGCCCCCAGGUGCCAAGUUUAGACCCCCUUCUCAAUCUAUGGAUACAUCAUUCCAAUCAAAUACUGGUGAUGCUACUAACACAAUAGACCAAAAAGAAGAUGAGGCCUCUGAAGCUGUAGAGAUGACAGAAGGAACAGGUAGCUGAUAGCUAAAAUCAAACAUGGUAUUUUUAAUAGAUCUAAAACCUGCUCUAUCAUUUGCAGUGUUUUGAACAUUGAAGACAGUGUUUAUGUUCAUAAUAUACAGUAGUUGCAAUUCAGAGGAAUAAAAUGACAGACAUUAUGGUGAUCAUGUGUUUUGGUGGACCUCCUAUUCUUGUUGGAAAUGUAAACAGCCUCUGCCUAACGUUGAUUGGCUGUUUUGGACAUUGUAUCCAAGCUAGCUGGCCCACUAACUGUUGAAUUUUAUUAUUAUUAUUAUUAUUAAAUUUACUGUAUGUUCAACUAAUAGCAUGAAUAAGGAGGACUAGAUAUAGGUUUCAUCUGUUCAUUGAGGGUAAUCUGUGUGCUCCGGUGUCCAGUAGACAAAAGGGGUAAUUUUUAAGACGAAGUGGAUUUGCAAUGGAGCUGUAAGUUAGUGGUUAAGAUGCUUGCAUUCCAAUAUGGCUGGGUGUAUAAAAUUAUUCUUUGUUUUAGAAAAUGUAGCUCAUUUUACUUUAAGAAUAGAAAAUAAUUUCAAACUUUUUUCACAAACAAAAAACCACUCCAUAAACUUCAUACAGAGACUAAAGUCCAACUCAGACAGCGUCCUAUGAUGCAGCCUGGUGCGGUUUGUUGUCGCAUCGGGUCUGUGGGAGUUUAAGCGCAGACGCGACGGUUUGCGUUGGGGCAGUCAAGUCAUAGAAUAUUAAACAUACUUAAUAUUUCUCAUGACAACUUACUGUAAGACGGUAAUGAAUCACGUUGGGCUGCGUCGUACGACGGUAUCUGAGUUGGCCUUUAGUGAUAGAGCAUCGAGGCUCUGGGUACAUCACCCUUUUUAAAUAUGUUGUAAGAGAAAGAAUAUGUAUGUCAGUGUUUAAAUAUUGGUAUAUCAGAUGUCUCAAGUUCUACGGAUGCCUAAUUAUGGAUUUACGGAAAUAGACCCAAAAUACUACAGAAAUUUAUCAUUAGGCCUAGCCCCAUAAAUAUGUAUGUCUACACAUGGUCUAACAUCCAGAACAAAUGACUUUUUCAACAGGAUCUUUGGUUACAUUGUCCCUAGACAACUCCGACUUGUCAGAUUUAAAACCAAAAAUGAGUGACCUAUAAAUUUUAAUCCUGUCCGAUUUGCUUGAAAUUCCACAGCUUAUAUUAUGCUGUACCCGAAAUUUAAGCGACCCAUAUUUUGCACUCAAGACAAAUUAUUAGGUGCUUUGGAAAUUUCGUAUUUACUGCAGGUAUUUGAAGACAUUUUACUAACUUGAGAAGUCUGGUAUAUGAAAAUGCAGAAUGUGCUUUGUUUAAAAGAUUUGCAUUAUUGUGCAUGGAAUGGAGCUGCCACUUUAGGCGAGAAUUUUUCUAUACCUUGUUUAGCGAACCCGUCACACGCCAAUAAUAAUGAUUUCGAAUAAAAAUAAAAUUUUACUUUUGGCCGAUUAGCAUACACGCUGCCACGAAAAAAUGGAAAUUUUCUUUAUUUUUAUUACACCCACCGCUGCCUUGAAAUCUCCAAAUAUCAGAUAAUGUAUAUAUGUAUUCCUUCCUAAUUAUGUUAAUUGAAAGCAUUUAACCAUCCCAUUACUACUAGGUUUUUGGUUCAAGAGUGUAUACUAAAUUGAUUAAAUGAAUAUUUUGGGUUAACACAACUCUGAUCAACAAGACAUCAGAUAUCUAUUUUCUCCCGGUGUGCUGUAUGUCAUUGUAUAUAGAUUUAUAUUUUGAUUGUAAUGAGGGGGCUGUUUCAAUAUUUCCAUGAAUGAAUUUCUUUUGUAUUUGUGUUGUUUAUCAAAUAGCUUUCCACUAUAGGUUAUUUGUCAUUGAUUUUGCAGCACAAAUAUUGUCCUACUUAGAAUAUUUGCUUUACUGUGUAAUGGCGUGCUGGUUCAAAGUGUGACGCAAAUGUUAAUUAUGUCAUUGGUCGUUUUCUGUAAUUGUAGUGACAUAGUUAUUCCCUCCAUGCUGCAAUUCAUUCUGAGGAAACCUGGUUAAUGCUAUAUUAUUAUAUAUAUUACAAGGAUAGUUGCUAUGGGUAUAGAUUUUUUUUACAAAAAGUGAAUAUGUGGUAAAUACUGUAUUGAGUUCCAAGUUCAUUUUCCAACAAACUUUGAAACAUUAUGAAAUUUCAAAAAAAUAAAUUAUUGAGAGUAGAACUGUAA